AUGGCGGCUAAUGACUCGGUGGUUGCUGGUGAAUCCUCAACGAACAGCGAUCGGGUCCUUUUAGUUCAGGUUUUGGUGUCAGUUUUCCUGUACAUCAACUUCUUGCUAAUCACAACUUUUUUUAUGAAAGACUUCUACACAACCAUGCGCUACAUCUUAUUUGCAAUAACCCUACUGUCUGACUCUCUGAUUUUAAUCAUGACUGACACCCUGCUCAUUUUGAGUUAUAUUAGUUUUACCAUGCAAAUGUGGUUGUGUGUUGUUGUAUACAUUGUUUCCUCUCUGUACACCUUUGUCACACCAGUUACUUUGACAGCGAUGACCCUGGAGCGCUAUGUGGCCAUUUGCAUGCCCCUGCGCCACGCAGAGCUGUGCUCCACACGCAGAGCUCUGCACUGCAUCCUGAUCAUUCACGGGCUCAGCUCUAUACCCUGCAUUGUUGUUCUCUCCAUCUUCUUUGCGUCUGUGACCAACAGUUUCUAUACCCAGGUCAGGUUAUGUACUGUGGAAGUUUUCUUGUUUUACAAAUGGCAGAGUUAUCUUCGGUCAGCUAUUAGUCAACUUUACUUCAUGCUCAUGGUCAUUAUUAUUAUAUUCUGCUAUGUUAAAAUAAUGAAAGUGGCCAAAGCUGCAUCAGGAGAGAAUACAAAGUCAACAUGGAAAGGGCUCAGAACGGUAAUUCUUCAUGGUUUCCAGCUGCUGCUCUGUCUCCUCCAGCUGUGGUGUCCAUUCAUAGAGGCUGCUGUACUUCAGAUUAGUUUAAGGGUCUACCGUAAUGUCAGGUAUUUUAAUUACAUUACUUUUAUUCUUGCUCCAAGAUGUCUGAGUCCUCUUGUUUAUGGCAUCAGGGAUGCACUGUUUUUUCAUGCACUGAAAUACUAUGCUCUCUGUGGUUUGUAUAAGAAAGAGUCAUCAAAUGUAUCUUGA